UCAUAGCAAAGCUCAUGGUGUAGUCUCGAAAUCCGGAUUGCUGUUGCCGACCGUAAAAAAUCUGUUGAGUGUAAGUGGAAGUGCUGGAACUAGCAAAUGUUAAGGCUAACGCAAUAGAGAGACUGUCCGAAACUGGAGGACACACUAGAUAAUCUAAUAAAAGUAGUGAAACGAGCAGCACUUUGAGUUAGCGGCUAUUCGAUUUUCGCUCCGCAUUUGUAGCGGUUCCGUUUUAAUUCGGAGACCGUUCCGGACAGCUAGCUCGCUAGUUUCUGGCUAGUAAUUCUUCUCGGACACGUUUCCUCACUUCAGUCACACAACUGGAUGUCGCUUCUGUCAUGUGUCCGGCCGGCUGCUCCCAUGUGAACGGGUUUAAAGUGGACAACUGGAAACAAAACCUCCGAGUCAUAUAUCAAUGCUUUGUGUGGAGCGGGACUGCCGAAACCAGGAGACGUAAGGCUAAGUCGUGCAUGUGCCACAUGUGUGGUGCCCACCUGAACCGCCUGCACUCCUGUCUCUACUGUGUGUUCUUUGGAUGCUUCUCCAAGAAACACAUCCACGAGCACGCCAAAAACAAACGGCACAACCUAGCUAUAGACUUGUUAUACGGCGGAAUCUAUUGUUUUGCAUGUCAAGACUACAUAUACGACAAAGACAUGGAGCAGAUCGCCAAAGAAGAGCAGAGGAAGGCCUGGAAGCUGCAAGGCGCGGGUGAGAAGUUCUCGACGUGGGAGCCCACCAAGCGUGAGCUGGAGCUGCUGCGGCACAACCCGAAGCGGCGGAGAAUCACAACCAACUGCACCAUAGGUUUACGCGGCCUCAUCAACCUGGGCAACACAUGUUUCAUGAACUGCAUUGUCCAGGCGCUCACCCACACACCACUGCUGCGCGAUUUCUUCCUGUCAGACCGACACAAGUGCGAGAUGCAGUCCAACUCGUGUCUCGUGUGCGAGAUGUCUCAGCUGUUUCAGGAGUUCUACUCGGGCCACCGCUCCCCCCACAUUCCCUUCCGGCUGCUGCACCUGGUGUGGACACACGCACGCCACCUCGCCGGCUACGAGCAGCAGGACGCGCACGAGUUCCUCAUCGCCGCCCUGGACGUGCUGCACCGACACUGCAAAGGAGAUGACAAUGGGAAGAAGGCAAAUAAUCCAAACCACUGUAACUGCAUCAUUGACCAAAUUUUCACUGGCGGACUCCAGUCAGACGUGACGUGCCAAGUCUGCCAUGGCGUUUCCACGACGAUAGACCCAUUCUGGGAUAUCAGCCUGGACCUGCCGGGCUCGUCCAUGCCCUUCUGGCCUCUGAGCCCAGGGGGUGACAGCACCGUGGUCAACGGCGAGUGUCACAUGACUGGCUCCACCACGCUCACAGACUGCCUGCGCAGGUUCACUCGGCCUGAGCAUCUAGGAAGCAGCGCCAAAAUCAAAUGUGGUGGUUGCCAUAGCUACCAAGAGUCCACCAAACAACUGACAAUGAAGAAGCUUCCCAUAGUAGCAUGUUUUCACCUAAAACGCUUUGAACAUUCAGCCAAAUUACGGAGAAAGAUCACCACCUAUGUGUCCUUCCCCCUAGAGCUGGACAUGACACCCUUCAUGGCUUCCAGUAAAGAGAGCAGAGUGAAUGGCCAGUAUCAGCAAUCUGUAGAUGUAUUAAACAACGACAAUAAGUAUUCCCUGUUCGCCGUGGUGAACCACCAGGGCACACUGGAGAGCGGCCACUAUACCAGCUUCAUCCGCCAGCACAAGGACCAGUGGUUCAAGUGUGAUGACGCCAUCAUCACCAAGGCCAGCAUUAAAGACGUCCUGGACAGCGAGGGGUAUUUAUUAUUCUACCAUAAGCAGUUCCUCGAAUAUGAGUAGCCUUAACCAGCAGUCUGCUGAUGGUGGAGCGCUUUGGUUAUACAGAGGGAGCAGUCAAGAGGGAGAUCACCCCCCCCCACCCCCACAGCAGAGGGCAACACUGACACAAGCCUACCUGAAACUGUGACUACCCGUAGCCUCCCUCUCACAAGGGGCCAACGAAAUAUGAGACAAAAAUUAAAAUAAACAACGAUUAUAAAGAAACAAAAAAAAGAAGAAUCGUGUAACAUGUACAAAUCAGCACUGAGCUAACUGUUACUUGACGUGAGAAAGGUGGAGGAGGAUGAGGAGUCACAGAGACAGGAGGAAAAACGGCUUCAGGGACUGGGUCUCCACUCCUCCUUCUGCUUUCUCUACAGACAGAAAAAGGAGAGGAGGCCAAAGUGAACAGAUCCGUGAACACAGGAGCAGAAGAGGGCACAUCUCAGCUUUGACUACAGUAUUGUUUUUUUUUUGUUUGUUUUUUUAAUUUUUUUUUUUUACAAUUUCCUUUUUUCUGCUUUGAUGUUCUGUCUUUUGUUUUUCUUCAUGGUGCUGUCAUUCAAAGUGACCAGGCAUUAGAAGGGUGGUGGGGCAGUGUAUCAUCUGUACCUCAUAUGCAUAUGGAACUAAAUGCUAAAUGGGGGGGAAAAAAAACAAAAACAAAAAAAAAAAACAGUAGCGCAACAAAGAAGGUAUUAAGAUUUUUUUUUUUUUUUUUUUUUUUUUAAGAAAUGAUUGAGUAUUGUUUGUGAUGUUCGUUAUGAAAUGCUGUAUGAUUCAAAUAUAAUUUCUAAAAAAGGACUUCUCGUUGGAGAGCCAGAGGGUGCGAGUCUGAGCCGGCCCGUUGCCGCGACCGGAGUCCGUGCUGCCAAAGAAACAUCACAACGUCCGGGCUUGCCCGUGAUGAGAGCAGAGGGUGCUGUGUGGGCUCCCUGUGUCUGUGCGCCUGUAGCCCGUGUGCCCCGUUUUCAGUAUGUUUUUUUUUUUUUUUUUAUAAGUAGGUUUCCAUGGAGUGCAGCCAUCAAGUUGCUCGAUGUCAACUGUCAACUGAUUGUACAGUACUGGGCUGCUGGGGGUUACUAGCGUCAUAUCUGACGGCUGCAGCACUGUAACAACUGCCCCAGUACUGUCCUAUUCUGUGUGCCUAUGCAAGGCAAGAUGUUUCACCAUUUUGUCACCUUGCUUCGAGGUACCGUACUUCGCCUUCAGCACAUCCUGAUGGCCUUGUGACUUUAUUUUAUUUUUUAUUUUAUUUUUUUUUAUAUAUAAAUGUGAGUCUUUCUGAACUGCGUUGAUGACGAUCUGUGAUGCUGCAGGGGGCAGGAGGGAAACGCACGGGACGGAGCCGCGCGGCUGCUCAUAACUACCAGCUCCACGCUGCGCUCGCGCUCGGUCCGGCAGUCUUAUCCAUGGCAACGUCUCGCUCGCUCUUUCGCUCGCUCGCUGUGGCCUCCGCACGCGAGUCCCAUGCUGCUCUAUUGAAUCAGUAUGCUGUUCCUCGUGGAGCUAAAGAGAAAAAAAUAACACACCAGGGUAUUGUGUGCUUGUGUGUGUGUGUGUUUUUUUUUUAAUGAUUGUUUAGAUAUUACUGUAUGUUUUGUAGCAAAAAAAUUCCCCAUGUCCUUGUAUUGCUCCGGCGUUCGCAAUCCGUCACACUGCACAUGCAAUGCCAACACGCCUCAAAACAUAGUGUUCCGCUGUCUGUAAAACACAAGGCAUUCAGAAAGAUUGGACGUUAUUCUUAAAGGUUCCUGUGGGGGUACUGCAGGUAUAUUUUCUUUCCUAUUCCAUUGCUAAAUGGAGGCGACUUUUAAAGUGCACCGUACACAGUGAGCCGCACUGUGGCUUUUCUAUGCGGCAUGGUCCACAGAAGAAAGCCGCCCACGGCCUUUCAGGGACGCAGCUGAAACUGGAGGAGAGGAGGGCGCCGUCCUCUGUUUCAGUGAUUAAAACUCAGCUAAACUGGAACGUGGGCUUCUUCGUGUCUUCAUGUUUCUUAAUCUUCGUUCGCGCCAUGCGCAACUUUU